AUGGCGGUCAGACGGCGGCGGCCAGGGGAGCGCCGCUGGGAGGAGCGCCGGAAGCAGGCCGAGUCCGAGAUCAGCCAGGUCCGAGAUCAGCCGGGUCCGAGUUCAGCCAGGUCCGAGAUCAGCCGGGUCCGAGAUCAGCCGGGUCCGAGAGACGCCGAGGAGACGCUGGCCGGGGGAGCGCCGGCCCGUGGAGCCGGGCCGGGAGCACCCCGGCCAGAGGAGCCGGGCUUGGAGCACCCCCAGCCAGAGGGGAGCGCCGGCGUGGAGCCAGGCGGGGAGCACCCCCAGCCAGAGGCCGGGGGGAGCGCCGGGCGGGAGAACCCCAGCCGGAAGCUGGGAGGAGCGCCGGAGGCAGGCCGGGUCCGAGAUCAGCCGGGUCCGAGAUCAGCCGGGACCGAGAUCAGCCGGGUCCGAGAUCAGCAGGGUCCGAGAUCAGCCGGGUCCGAGUUCUGCCGGGUCGGAGACGCCGAGGAGACGCCGGCCGGGGGAGCGCCGGCCUGUGGAGCCGGGCCGGGAGCACCCUGGCCAGAGGCCCCAGAGGCCGGGAAGAGCGGCCGGGAGGAGCGCCGGGCGGGAGAACCCCAGCCGGAAGUGACGCUGCCGGGGCCGCUAGCGGUGGGCGGCUGCUCGUCGGGGAUGCUCUCCGUGGAGCCGGGGGCGGCGCUGCCCGUGGCGUACGAGGUGGAGCUGCUGCCCCCCGGCGGCGGCGGGGCGGAGUGGAUCCGGCUGCCGGACGCGCCGAGCCUCGACCUCGUCCCGGUCGCAGGGCCGCUCACCUACCGCUUCGCCGCCUCGACGCGCGGGCUGGCCGCGGGACAGGGCGCGGAGCGGGCCCUGACGUACGAGUUGGUCGCGGUCCGCCAGGACGACGGCAGCCUGCGGCCGAACUCCACCUGCGGUCCG